AAAACGAAAGUUGACUGACACAGACAACAAUUAUGCGAAGGGGAACAACUCGAUACAAUCGUAAUAACUCGGCCUCCUCCGACAAAGCUUUGAGAUCGACCUCGUUAUACAAUCAUAACAACUCGGCCAUGGCCGAAGUGUUCCGAGUGAUUUAAAACUGUGCCCAAAAGCCUUGCAGGUGCCCUUCAUGUAUAUAUUGUUAUGUUUUGACAGAAUGAAAUGAAGAAAAGCCGUCAAACUCAUAAUUAUAAGUUGGAUAUUUAUUUUUUGUGUACAGAACUAAUAUAAAAUAACAUUAUCUGUCAUGAGUGACAGACGUGUAUCGGAGAGAACGCCACUGUUGGGACAGCAGGUGGAUCAUAGAGAAGAACAUGAAAAAGAAAAGGACACAGUUCCAGCCUCACCCCUAGAAGAAAAAGAAUUCUCCUUCAAGUCAGUUGAUCGGAGGCGAAAGUUCAUCCUACUGUCCAUGGCAUUGGUAAACUUCUGUGCAACAUGCUGUUUUUCACUUCUGGCUCCGUUCUUCCCAUUAGAGGCCAAGAGAAAGGGAGCCUCACAGACCAUUGUUGGAAUGAUUUUUGGAUGUUUUGAGCUGGUCAUCGUCAUUACUUCGCCAAUAUUUGGAAGCUAUAUAUCCAAAAUAGGUUGCAAGUUUAUGUACGUGGCUGGCAUCUUUGUUUGUGGAACUUGUGCCAUACUGUUUGGGACACUUGACAUGUCACCGGAUGGGGACAUGUUUAUUGUGAUGUGUUUCCUCUGUCGCUCUGUUGAAGCGCUAGGCUGUUCUGCCUUAGUGACAGCUUUGUUCGCAGUGCUUGCCCAUGAGUUCCCUGACAAUGUUAUUACGGUCAUGGGUCUUCUUGAAACGUCCAGUGGUUUGGGGAUGAUGGUCGGACCACCGAUAGGCGGAGCUUUGUAUGAGUUGGGAGGUUACGGGCUUCCUUUCUUCGUUAUGGGCUCGUUAGUCAUCGUAUGUGGAUCAGUGACCGCCUACGCCAUGCCCCCUAUAAGUGAUGGGUCAAAGCUAUACGAAGGGUCGAUUUUCGCCCUGUUGAAAAGCCCAUUAGUCAUUAUUACCUUCAUAAAUAUAUCAGCGGGUAGCGUUGCGCUUGGAUUUAUGGACCCAACCCUGGCUCCUCACCUGGAUCAGUUUAAUUUGAAGACCUGGUUGAUAGGAUUCAUGUUCCUCAUAGCUCCUGCGAUAUAUGCCAUCACUGCUCCAUGUUGGGGCUACAUUGGUGAUAAAAAGGGGAUUGUUCGUCUAAUGAUUGCCGGAGGGAACCUGGUGGCUGUCAUACCUUGGUUGUUGAUGGGACCCUCUCCACUUAUAUCAUUUGUACCCAAUGCCCUGUACAUGAACAUUAUAGCCCUGUCUGUGAUUGGUCUAGCCCUGGGCUGCGCCCUCAUACCAACAUUCAAGGCCCUUCUAAUGGGAGCAAAUUCCCUCGGCAUGGAGAACAACCUGGACACGUACGGCAAAUGUUCCGGAUUCUUCAAUUCAAGCUUUUCAAUGGGUGCUUUUUUGGGUGCGACAAUAGGUGGAUUCCUGGUGGAUAAAGUUGGGUUCCCAUGGGCUUCCACUGGUGUUUCAGGGUUUCUUGGUCUAGGGGGCCUUUUGAUGAUAGCAUACAUGUGCAUGGUUCCCAAUAUGCCCAGAUUACCAGAAAAACCUGACGCUAUUGAGCAAACUGUUAUUGUGGUAAAAAACGCUAACAACGCAGAAAAUACACCAGUCAAGGACACUAUUACAGAUAGCAAUGUUCAGUAUGUUUAGUCUUAUUGACAAGUAGAGUUGUAAUAUGAACUGACUGUAUCAGGGUUGUGCAUUUUAAGUUUGUCCUUAAUGAGUCCUUGUGUACACGGUCGGGACCAGAGAAUACAACCUGGAGACACCUUUAGGGCUGGUAACAAGACUUUCUGCUUAUUCUCACUCAAGACAUCAAGGCUUUGAUCAUCAGACACAGGGCUUGUGGAUUGCCAUUGAUGGUAGUUCACCAAGAUUACAAGAGAAGUCGCACCAACUUAAAGUCAUACCAAAACAAAGUUGCACCAACAUGAAGUCGUACCAACACCAAGUCGUACCAUAUUUGGUGAAGUCGUCCAAUGUAUAUUUUACAUAUUAAAACCUUUUUGAUAGAAAAGUAAUAUAUAUUUGAACUAUGGUUUAACAAGAUGUAUAACAAUAUUAUUGUAGUUUUUAAAAAAAACUUCUCUCACAGUCUGAAAAUUUGACCAAUGCCUUUGACCUUGUCAUAUAGCUCAUGUUUCAGGUUAUAUAAUCCUCGGCAUCCCAGCGUAUCAUAACCUAUAUGAUACCCUGGGCAAAUCAGCUGUAAAAAUCUUGUACUCAUGAAUAAUUAAUAAGGUGAAAUCCAGCCGCUUGAUUGCUCGCAUGAGACACACCUCAUGCGGUGCCAAAAUGGAUGAGAAGUUAUGGAUGUCAUCUCGGUUCUAAAUAAUCCAAUGUGAUCACGGCUUACAAAUCGUUUUAGGCAGGAUAAUGUUAAAUAUGCCGGUGGCUCUUCACAAAGGAGAUUCUUCCUUUUUGUUAUCAGCUAUUUUAUUGGUCAGGAAAUGCUUAUGAAUAUUCAAGAUUUACGAAGUUUCCCUAGCCAAUUUGCCCAGGGUUUCAUAUAGGGUAUGAUGAGCUUGGGUGCUGAGGAUGGGUUAUAACAAUAGAAAUCACAAUAGGAGGACAGCUCCAAAUCCGGAGCCACUUCUUAGUGGUAGAACUUUGUGUUGGUACUGGGAACUCUGAUUGCACUAAACUAUUAUCAGUUCUCCAAAUAUCAUGCCUGAAAAAAUUGUAGUAAAAUAGUUUCACAAUCAUGAUGAAAUACAAAUGUUAAAACUAACAAGCCAAACAUUUGUGAUAUUUGUAUUCAGAAUUGAAAAGAGACAUUUUGCAAAAACUUUAAAUCUUAAGUUUUUUUUCUUGCAUUGUAAACUCUUGUUAUGUUAUGUAUUUUAUGCAACAUCUAGAGUUAAAGUUAGUUCUACGCAAUUUAUUAUUUUUUUUAUUUUUUUAAGAAAAAAAGUUGAGGUAUUGUCAUAGCUAGUCUGUCAUUGUCAUUGUAUGCAAUAAAGGGCAAUAACUUUUAAAUGUUAUAAGGAUCUGGCUUUAAAGAUGCACUCUAACUCCUAAAUAAGAUGUACCACAAUUGAUACAAUUGUUUUAAUUUACCUAGAAUGAUGAAUAAAUAUCACAAACAAUGGUUCUUAAAAAGGAUACCGUGUUUAAUUUGAAUGAAAGGUUCAGAAAACACUGUAUUUCUAUCUUAUGAGACAAUAGUUGAUCACUGCAAAUCUUUUAGCACUCACCAAUCAUUUAAUAUUUGUGUGUUUUCAGCUAUCAAAUACAUGGUUACAAUCUUGGGAUCAGUAAUUACUUUUUUCCAUAAAUGCAUUAUUUAGUAAGUAGUUAAAGGUUUAUCACUCAAAAUUUAUGUUUGUUUUACAUGUGUAUGUAUUGAUUUUAAAUAAGAUUGUCACUUUCAUAAUGGUCCAGUUAUGUCCCUUGUUCCACAGUUGUAACCUUGUCUUUGUUGACAUUGGCUUGCAGAAACUUUAACCUUGGCUUUAAAACUGCACUCUCACAGAUUGAACAUUUUGACAACUUUUUUUUUUGUCUUGAGACGAGCCAAUUUUUGCGAAAAAGCAUGGAAACCAGUUAUAUAAGACUGCUGACAAAAAAUUAGAUCACAGAUUUUUAUAUCUUUGUUAAAAAAAAAUGAUGUUUUAUGCUUUUUUCUUAAACCGCUAGUAACGGUUUAUGCCAUAAAACAUUAAUUUUCGAACAGAAAUGUGAAAAUGUACUAUCUGAUUUUUUGUUUGCAGAUAUUUACGCAAAAAUUUGCUCUUUCCAAGACAAAAAUUUAAAAAAGUUGUCAAAACGCUCAAUCUGUGAGAGUGCAGCUUUAACUGGAACAUUGUUCAAGCUAUUCAAAUGAAACUUGGUACACAUGUUGCCAGAGAUCAAACGCACAUGUACAGUAAGGCCCAUAACUCUGGGUUCAACAAGUAGUUUUAUCCUGAUAAACAACAGAUGAGUGUUGCUAGGAGACUCUUCUGUGUGUGUGUUCAAUCUAAAUUUUAUUUCUUGAUAAUGUUUGUAUUCAUGCUUCCCAGUGUUAUUAUAGCACUCCGCUUCUUUCUCAUAACUUACGCUUUACUUAUGAUUAUUUUAAAUGAAUAUACACUGUAUAGGAUUUUACAAUAGUUGCCAUUUGAUACAAACAAUAAUGUGGGCUAUAUAAGUUUUUCGUAAUAAGUUUUAUUAAAUUUGGUAUUAAAUGGCAACUGGUGUAUUUUUUAUUUCACAAAUCAUUGCCAAUAUGAAGAUGAUUUUUUUAUUUAGGGGAAAUGAUGUCAAUGUCAAGUUAUAUUACGCUUGUGUAAUAUAAGAAAAGACAUGAUGGUUGUAUGAUGCUUGUAUGAUGAUUGUUUUACACACAAGACAAGCAAUGUCUUGUGAAAUAUAUUUUUAUUCUAGUAAUUUUGAUUUAACUUAUUUUAUGUACAAUAUGUUGAUAUUGAAAUAACAUACAAUUUCAAUAAGUGAAUAUCAUGGUAUGCAGGAACUACCCCGGUAGGUGAAUAAUAGCAUGAUGGUAUUGUUCAUAACUUGGGGGGGGGGGGGGGCUGUCUUAUCAAAGAGCGUAUGACAAAAUAUCAUAAGAUCUAGAAAUUGGAAUGAAGACUAGAAGGGUGCCAGAAAUCGAAUGCAAAUUCAACUAAACACAGUGCAACUUUAUGGUGUUUUCAAAUGUAUUGGAGAGAAUUGAUGGUAUGAUACACAUUUUGGUAAGAUGGCCAGCUAGUGUAGUAAAAUUGGUGGAGUUAGUUUGUAAUCAGAUUAAAGUGUGAGUAAGCUACAUAUAAGCACAGUUAUUCAUUUUUGAUCACCAAUCAAACCUUUGAGCCAUUGUUUAUGUUGCAUGUCAUAAACUUGUUUAUAACUUUUUGUUUACUUAUAUAAUGGGUUGUGAAAAAAUGCAUAAUUUCUGCUAUUUGAUUGUGUAUGGUACAUGUAGCAAAUUUUCCUACUACCAAAUGUCCCAUUUAUAUAUAUCUUGUUUUGAUAUGAAAUGUUGUUAUAUUUUCUAUAUAUUAUAACUUUACAAAAGUCAUAAUUAUUUCCAUUAAUGGUAGAUGAAAAAAAAAUGCACAUGUUCAAUUUUUUUAUUGUUUUUUGUCUUAUGAGUCUUUUAACAAACAAACAAAGUGGUCUGACAUUUGUGUCAGAAAUGAAGAUGCUGAGUGUCAUUUAAUAAAUACUUAAGACUGUAAAUAAAAAUGACACUAUUUUUUCUUCACUGGCUCAAUGACAUUUUUGUAGUUAUAGACUUGGUUUUAGUUAAAUGUUAAAGAUGCACUCCUACUAUUAUGAUCAUUCUUUUUGCACUAUAUUGUGUUGCAAAAUGUUGAAUAAUAAUUUCUUUAGUACAAUAAAAAUAAAACAUUUAUAUUUUAAAAUAGACCUAUCAUAUUUAGUAUAGAAAUGAUUGUUUAUUUAAUUGACUCAGAUAACUUAAAAUAUCAUUACUUGAUAUUAUAAACAUUAUAUAUUAUAUUUUGUAUUUUUGUCAUCAUAUUUGCAACUUGCAUAACUUCAGUAAUUUCUUAAGCCAACACUAAAUUCUUACUUUUGACUGUUGUCACUACAUUUUAGCACCUUUUUUGUUCUAUGGUUUUGCUAAUCAUAAGAAUUAGGCUUAAACACCUAUGCAAGCCAGACAAGUUGUGAUAAGCAUAUAUUAGAUCAAAGAAACAAAGAUUAUCUAAAGGAAACUCUUAAUUCUAAGCUGAGUAAAACUCUUUAAGAUGACAAUGUCAGUUGUUGGCAUCUCAGCCUCAAAUUUAGUAUUUAAACCCAUGACUUCCCAGUCCAGGUUGUCAUUUAACCUUGGACAAUAAAUAUCGGAAGUCUGAUUUGGGUACUUGUCAUCUUAUUCACAGGUAUGUGGUUUUACUCUGUUAUUAGAUUGUUAUUAUAUUUUUGACUUAAAAGCUUGGAAUUCAAUUAAAAGUUCUUUAAAUAGGCUAAAAUAAGUUAUGUAUAUUGUUGUUACAAUUAUGUUGCAAAUACACACUGUUGACUUUAUAAUUCACUUGUACUUUAUAUUAGUCAUACAAGUUGUUUCUCUAUUUUAAUACAUUCAUAUUUAUUGGUACCUUUCACAUUGCUAAGCGUUGUUAUUAUCAAUAUUCCCCAAAAUAUUGUUAAUAUUCUUAAUAAUCACAUAUUCAUGUAUUUACAUCAUUAUGCUGAUUUACUUUAAUAUUUUGUUUAUUAUAAAUGGUCAUUUAACCUUGGACAAUAAAUAUCGGAAGUCUGA